AUGGGGGGGACUUUCCAGAACGCCUUCAACGCUGGAGGGCCCGUGACCCUCUCAUUUGGCUGGAUUGGGGUCACUUUGUGCGCGCUCUGUGUUGCUGGCAGUCUGGCUGAGAUGUGCUCCAGCAUGCCGACCAAUGGCGGUCAGUACUCGUGGACAGGCAUGCUCAGCACCGAAAAAUGGGCACCUAUUACGAGCUGGAUCACUGGCUGGAUCCAGCUGGUUGGCGUCCUCGCUCUGGGAAGCACGGGGCUGCUAUUCGCGGCGCAGUACAUCAUGGGUAUCGCGGUGAUUCUCAACCCAUCCUACACGUCAGAGCGCUGGCAGAUGGUGUUGGUGAUGUAUAUGAUCGCAAUCUUGAUCACACUGGUGAAUAUCUACGCGGUCAAGAUACUACCUUACUUGACAACGGCAUCGCUCGUUUGGAGUGUUGUGGGUUUCCUUGUCACAAUCAUCGUCCUCCUAGUCGUGACACCUGAGAAGAACAGCGCCAAGUACGUUUUCACGAGCUAUGUCAACUACUCGGGAUACACAGAGAAUGGUAUCGCGGUCAUCAUUGGGCUGUUGCAAUCCUUCUGGGGCAUGCUUUGCUAUGACGCUCCUGCUCACAUGGCUGAAGAGAUGCACAACCCAGCAGUUGACGCCCCUCGUGCCAUGAUCACCACUGUCAUCGUGGGUGGAAUCACUGGCUGGGUCUUCCUGAUAUCUGUUCUGUUCUGCGUCGGGGACAUCGAAUCCGUCUUGGGCACCGCGACAGGAGUUCCCUUUGUACAGAUCUGGUAUGACAGCACCAUCAGCGACGCAGGCAUCAUCGUCCUCGGACUAUUUCAGAUUAUCUGCGCGUCACUGGCAGCACUGAUGUUGCUCACUGAAGGAUCAAGGACGGUCCACGCCUUUGCCCGUGACCACGGCCUGCCCUUCUCCGCCACCUGGAGUCAAGUGAGCCCCCGACUCAAUGUCCCGGUCCACGCAAUUCUCCUCUCUAUUGCGGUGCAGUGUGUCCUGUGCGCCAUCUACUUCGGCACAACGACUGGAUUCUAUGCCCUAACUUCGGUUGCCACCAUCGGAUUCUACGUCUCGUAUCUCAUGCCAAUCCUGGUCUUGUUGAUACGUGGCCGCCACGUUCUCAAGCCCGGCCCAUUCACGCUCGGCAGACUCGGCCUGCCGGCCAACCUGAUCUCGGUCACGUUCUUGACAUUCGGCAUCAUCUUCUUCUGUAUCCCGAGCGGCGUGCCCGUCACUGCGGCGUCAAUGAACUACACCAUCGUUGUCCUCUCCGCGGUCGCCAUCAUAUCAGCCGCCAGUUGGUUCAUGGGAGGCAACAAGGCUUAUGUACCACCCAGAGAGCUCGGGAUUCACCACGGAAUUCACCACCACACUUAA